CCAGUGAAAUUCAUGUUAGAUUCACACAGAGAAUCUACGGGUAUUCCAAGCUGAAGACUGAUUUGACUCUUUUUUAGAACGUUCCAUCGAGAUAAAUUCAUCACCAUGCCUGAUGUCAAGUGUGUCUGCUGCAAUGAGGGCAAGUGCACAUGCGCUGGCCAGGAAUGCUGCCAGACAGGAGAAUGCUGUAAGGAUGGCACCUGCUGUCCAAAGGGAACGUGCUGUGAUAACAAAUGCAAAUCCUGCAAGUCAUGUUCCGCUGAUUGCUGCACUGAUGGAUGUAAAUGCACCGAGGGCAACUGUGCGUGCUAGAAGGACCUUGCAGCUCUUGCGAUGAAAGAUUGUAGAUACAACUAUAAUUUAUGCGUUUAGUCAAUCUCUUCUGCAGACGUGCUCCACGAGGAUUUGAUCUGUAUAUUCUUAAUCUGAUGUCUAUAUAUAUUUUUGUAACAUAGUUGUAUAUUAGUUUGAUUUGUAAAAAAAAAAGCUGAAAUAAAUUGUAUUGUUUUUUAAGAAAAAUUAAGCUGAAAUAUUUUUUUUUUUGGGGGGGGGAGAAAUUAUGAAACCAAAAGGCAUUGAAAUUCUUAAAUACUGAAACACUUGCAGUGAUUCAAUCAUGUAAUGAUAUUUCCUUUAUUCUUUAAAUUGCACGAAAUCAGUAAAUCUGAUCAUGCUGAUCGUGACCCAGCAAUGUAAUACUCUUCUGAUUAAAUCUAAAGAAAUCUAAA